AUGUCCCGUACUACCAGGGAUACUGCUUCUGCUGAACCUACCCCCAAGCAACGGGUACGACGCGUGAAGGCUAAUGGCCGUGAGCGUCAACGAAUGCAUGGAUUGAACAAUGCUUUGGAUCUCUUGCGACAAUGUGUUCCGAUUACCACGCAACACCAGAAGCUCAGCAAGAUCGAGACGUUGCGUUGUGCGAGGAAUUACAUCGGCGUCCUGCAACGGAUGGCAAAUACCAAUUGGAAACCGACUCCUUUGGAAUACGCUCGAAUUUUGAGCGCUGGGAUGAGCCAAACGACGACGAAUUUGAUUGCGAAUAUGCUUCAGGUCCCACCUCGUCUCGUUAUGGGUACCCCACAAGUAUGCCAACAAAUGCCUCUACCUCCAAUGUCUGCCCCACCAUACUACCCACCUCAAACCCCCCAUUCCGGUUCCGAUUCAAGCUUCGAAAUGCCAUCCCCACCAAACCAGCACUUUUUCCAUCCACUGUUC